GGACCUCUAAAGUUCUGAAGAGCUUCAGAAAUGGAGAAUUUAAGAUGGAUUUUCCCUUAUUUUCUAUUCUUCCCCCUAUGUCCAAGCUUGCAUUCCUCAUUCUCUGAGAAGGGAAACAACGAUACAAUAACCUAUUCCAACGUUAUUAGAGGGUCCUCUUCUGGUGCUGUAAUCACGAGGAAUAAAGAUCUUCGUCUGCACGUCAACUGCAAAAUGCUCCAGAACACAUGGGCCCGAACAAUGUAUGCUGUGGAGGACAAUUUUGAAGUCAGUGAAACUCAGUAUGGCAGAUACGAUGUAAACCUUACUUUCUAUCAUUCUGCAUCCUUCUCACGGCCAGUGAAUGACUUCCCAUACUCUGUUAACCUGGAUCAGAAUUUGUUCCUUGAAGCUUACCUGCACAGCUCCGAUCCAAACCUGGUGUUAUUUGUGGACACCUGUGUGGCAUCUCCCACUCCCCACAAUUUUACAACACCGACCCAUGAUGUAAUCAGGAAUGGGUGUGCUCGAGAUUCUACUUAUGCUACAUAUUAUUCACCCUACAGAUACAUGGUCCGGUUUAAAUUCAAUGCCUUCCAGUUUGUUCGUCACAAUCCACUGGUUUAUCUGCAGUGUGAACUAGUGGUGUGCAGGGCCUAUGACUAUUCCUCCAGAUGCUACCAAGGCUGUGUUACUAGGUCUAAGAGAGAGGCAAGCUCUGGCCAAGAGAGUGUGACUGUAGUUGCUGGCCCAAUACAGCUGAAGGAAGCCGGUGCUGAGGAUAGGAAUGAACGUGAUGCUAGAUAAAACUGCCUCCUUUGACAAAUAGCAUCUUUAAAUGCCAAUUUAAUCCUGAAAGAAACUAUGCUGCUGGAUCAGCAGCAGCUCUAGAAUGUGCUUACUGACUCAUGCCUGUUAAACCCACUUCGCAUCAGUUGUCUUCAUUUCCGUGUAACAAAACUGCUACUUCAGCAGCUCUCCAGGGAUUCUGAUAAAACAGGGCACAGGCAGCUCUGUGGCACAAACCUGCCUCCAAACUGCCUGUGAUUUGUCCCUGCUGUGUCUGAAGAGCCAGUCUGAAAGCUUCCCUGAGAGAUCCUCUAAG